UGAAAAGAGUAUCAAAAGAACCGAGCCAACUGACAUAAACAAACAAUCGAUAUGAAUUAAAUUUGCAGUUACAUUUGUGAUGUCUGUGGGGAGCAUGCUUUUCGCGGCUGGUGAAAAUGUCAUUUACGGUGACGAACCAGAGUUUAAUCCGAUUUGAGAGUGCCAAGCAGGACGAUGAGUUGGAGCGGACAUUAAUGUUUUUCAAUGUCGAUAUUUCGGGCGGAGUGUCCUGUGGCCGCCGAAACGAGAUUACGACGCCGAGGACCUCGGACUGCAAUGGAAAGCGACGAACUCCCGGCGGAGGAUUGAGCAAUCCAAUUACGGAGAGUGCGAUGUCAUUUGGGGCACCAAAUAAAUUCCACGCUCCCGGACAUGCUGGUUUCGAUCAUGGAAAUUAUAAGCGACGUGCUCCAGGCCAUCCAAGAGAUUACUCUGCCUAUUGCGACAGUCCUCGUCACUUUCAUUAUAGGAGUCGUGGCUCAGUUUCCCCAUCCCCAUCCCCAUCGGUCGAUUCUGCGGGCCAUUUUGAGAAUGACAGGAGCUAUAAACACCCUCCACUCUUUAAAACUGAAAAGGCAUACGAACAUUAUUAUCCAGAUGAAUCGUAUGAGGCCGAGGAAUAUGAGCCCUGGGACCGAAUGGCCCUAGCCUCUGAUAAUUCUGAAGAAGGGGAAUAUCCAGAAAACACCUUAAAAAGAGAGCCAUAUCUCAAACCCAGAUAUGAACGUCCAUAUGAUUAUCACUCUACUGCUGCUAAGUCAAUCCAAAGACGCGGUCGGGAGCCUCGCAAACGACAUGAAAAAUAUUAUCGUGUUCCCGAAGAACCAUCACAAGAUGUAUAUAAUCGAGGCUAUAGAGAAUAUCUGCCACGGGAUUUGCGAUUGAGACCUAAUGAGACGCCCAGGGAAUACGAAUAUAGACAGUCUUCGGGGUCUAUGCCACCGGAUUAUGCUUCUAACUACUAUAAUCUUAAUUACGAGGAGUAUAAAAAUGCAAUUGAUUAUGCCAGACCCUAUGAAUCAGACAACAAGUACGAAGGCGAUUACGAAGACCAUUUUGCAGAAAACAGUCAAAAUCAUUUAAAAGAAUUCUAUGAAUACUUUCAACCAGAUUAUGAUGAAAAAAGACGUAAGACACCACCGCCCAUUCCCUUUCCGAAACCCCACCCCAAGUACUACAAAGUUAGAUCUUCGUCUUAUAAGGAUAUUUCCGAUCCAUCAAACUAUCCUACAAAAGUUAAGAAAGCUGAAAGAGAUUAUAAACUGAAAGAUAGAAAUGUUCCGCCUUACGAGGAACCAAAAGCCAGCCAAACAAAAUAUAACAGAUAUAAGCGACAAUACCAGCCAGAGAAAAUGCCACCUAGAAAGAGUUGUACUCAUUUUAAAGAGACUAGAGAAGCUCCACAAAAAUACGAAAGAAUUUCAAAAGAUAUUUUCCGACUUGCGCCGCCAAAAAAAUAUGAAAAACAUAGAAACACGGAGGACGAUAGAUUGUAUGCAGAAAAGAGUUCUCCCAGAAACACUGAAUACAAGUACAAAAUACGUAAUAAUGUAGAUCAGGCUAUCCCAAACUUUUAUAAAAAAUACUUAAGUGAAGAAGUUCCUCGAAGAAAUUAUCAUAAGAAAAUCAUUAAUGAUAUAUCAAAGUUGCAAGAAAACUUAAGAAGAGAACCUCCUAGAUCAUUUAGAGAAUAUGAAAGUCACAAAAACCGGAGACGUCAUAGGUCUUUACCAGAUCAGAAGAAGUCCGUUGACUUUGUUCGUUUUACAGACCUUAAUGACGGCUCGGAAAUUCCGCACAAAAUUCAUGAGAGCAGCCAAACACCAUCGUCAAUAUUCUUUACCAUCGAAAUACCCUAUAAGAAAAUAGAACGGAGGUGUGCGUGUUCCCCAAAAAGAGAACACAUACCAAAAAGAUCGGAUUCGGGCUGUGAAACGUUUGCUAGUAACUUAAGCUGUGCCCUUAAAUCAUUUAAGCCGCAAUCAUCAUUUUAUGAUGUUCGAAAAGGUCGUAGACGUAAAACAAUAAAGCAAAAAAUAUCAGGAUUUUUUAGAAGGUCGAAGAUUUGUCUGAAGAGGUCUAGGAUUUUCAGAAACAAAUCAAAAGUACUAAGACACUGUAUGUUAGGACCUCGUCGCCCCAAUUACGAUCAUAUAGAUUGCAGAAAUAUUGAAAGCCCAAGGCCCCAUUAUAUUUCAGAGUCCCCGAAGGCUAGUAGCCACUCUUUGGAGUUUGAAAACAAGAGGGUUCCCAUUCGCAAUCCCUCCAUGGAAAAUGCAUCCGAAAAGUAUUGUAAAAGGAUGCUACAGGGAUGUCAUUAUCCCACUGUUUACAGGGCAAAGGGCAACCAGCAAGCUGAAAAUAAUGAUAAGAUGUACCAUGAGUACUCCAUGUACAACAUUUUGAGUUCAAACAAUCAACGUUCGAAGGUAACUAAAGAUGAGUAUGAACACUGCCAUAGAGGAUUAACUAAGCGAAACAGUCAAUAUUUCAGAUCCAGUGCUGAUCUGCCUAUGAAGGACUCAAACAAGUUGUACAAUCGUGUAUCCAGCGGAAAUUGCAGCCUUUUUAGUGGGGAUAGAUGUGAAGCUCCCGUCGAGACAAGUGAAAUAAAUGUCUGCCUUACGAUUAGGGCCACAGAUGUGAGUCUGACAGGCAACCCUAGGAUAGUAUCAUCCAAAAUCGUGACGGGGCAAGGUUAUAGGCACAGGAGCAAUGAGGAUGUCAAUAUAAUUGUUUCAAAACCACAAAAUCUUUCGGUACCGAGACAGAAUAGUGGUAGCACAAUAUGUGGCAGCGACUCCAGCUCUACUCAACAAAACCAAUUUGAAAAUGUCAGACGUGUUUCCGCACCCUCUGAAAAGAACAGUGGUUCCUCUACAACAAACAGUACCAAAGGAAUUUCUUUGAGAACUGAAAGAUCUGAGGAUCUCAGCUAUAAAAUGCGCAUGGAAGCAUAUUCCAAACCACGGUCUGUGAUUAGCGAUAGAUCUUCACAGUAUCUCAGCCCCCGCCAUCGGAUCAGCACCAAGUGGAGCUUGACCCGGCAGUCGAGAUCUUGUAACUUCCAAAAGGAUUCAGUUUCAAGACCCUCCCGACCUGGUUUGUGCCAACCAAACACCAUUGAAAUGUGUUCCAGACCACCGACUUUAAUUCAAAGCGAUAUAAACAAAAGGUCAAGCUUAAAGGGCGUUAAUAAGAACUUCGAAAAAUCAGCACCCAAAAAGGUAAUCCUGAAAACAAAUAGCUCUAAUAGUUCGAUAAGUGGUUCCGGCAGAAGCACUCAAUCGGAUUGCUCAUGCGAAAAACAAAAAAGUGAAUGCCACAGAACCCAAAGUCACAAUUUGCAAUUUGAAUAUAGAAAAAUUGAAGUCAGCCCGCGAAGAACUAGUAGUUGGCCAAGCCAAAGAAAGAAAAAAGCUUUUCCAUUAAUACCAAUCCAAAAAGCAUUUUCAAAACCGCUUCAAAAUCUGGAAACUCCACCUAAAGUCCCUUCUAUAACUUCCGAAUCGAGUAUAAGUAAGUGCUCCAGUGGUACCAGGAAUAUUAAUCAAGGACCUCAAAACAUGCAGUUGGAUUCCUAUCCUGAUUCCAUCCCAACUUGCCCAUGUGAGCCGCAGAGUGAAUAUGCCAACAGUUUCUCGGCUAUGCCAGGUCAGGAUAUUACGGAAACCAGUGUUCGAGGGGAUCUUUGUUGCCCAAAGUUAACAGACAGCUGGGAUAAGGAUUCCUGCUGCCGGAGGAGCAUUGUGGAGGAACUCAAAAGGGAGCUAUUGCAGAGCUUCAGAUCCGAUCGGCAAAUGGAAUCGCAGGUGCCUUUUCUUCGACCCACACCGCACAUUAUGAUAUUUCCCUGCGUUCCCGGUGCCAUGUGCCAGUCUAAUCCCAACCUAAAUCCAAAUCUAUUCCGUGGACCGGAAUCUGUUGUCCGCUGGGCACCUUGCCCUAAGCCACAGAACCCUUUCUGAUGAAUGGUAUUUUAUUCGGUUGGAAUUAAAGUGGACUGUGAGUUUAAGGAUCUUUAAGAUUUAUUAAAAUAUAUAUACUAGGGAACCGGUUAUCAACAGAAGAACGAAACAAAAAAUGACUUAAGCCUACAUAAAAUCAAUAAAACAUAUAGACUUGA